AUGGCGGACGACAUCUCACGACCAAUUGACCGGAUAGAGCUGGAGGCAGACAAGGAACGUGUCGAAAAUGUCGAGCACGUUGCUACUCCCCAGAAUGGUCUCUUUCAGAUUGACCCGGCUCGCCGUAUCGUCGUGGAGAAGAAGCUGAAGCGGAAGCUGGACGCCCGCUGCAGUCUCUUCGUGUUCAUCUACAUCAUGAACUACCUCGACCGCAACAACAUGGCUGCUGCCCGUCUUAGGGGUCUGGAGGAAGACCUCUCCCUCUCAAGCACUGAAUACUCAACAUGUCUGAGUAUCUUGUAUGUCGGCUACAUCAUCAUGCAAGUCCCCUCCAACAUGUUCAUCAACAAGAUCUCUCGUCCCUCCAUCUACAUCGGUAUCUCCAUGCUGCUGUGGGGUAUGAUCUCCACCUUGUCCGGCAACACCAAGAACUUCGGCCACAUGGUGGCCGUUCGUUUCCUGCUCGGUUUCGUCGAGGCCGCUUUCCUCCCCGGUGCCCUCCUCAUUCUCUCCAAGUGGUACACUCGCCGCGAGCUGACCACCCGCAACGCCAUCUUGUUCUGCGGUAACCUUAUCUCCAAUGCUUUCUCUGCUCUCGUCGGUGCCGGUGUCCUGUCCAACAUGCAGGGCGUUCUCGGUCACGCCGCGUGGCGUUGGCUGUUCUGGAUCGAAGGUGCUGUGACCAUGUUCCUCGCCAUCUUGGCCAUGUUCAUCUUGCCCGAUCUCCCCACCAACGCCCGUGGCUUUACUGAGGAAGAACGCCAGGUGGCCCAGCUGCGUAUGCUCGAGGAUGUCGGUGAGGCCGACACUGACGGUGAUCAGCUGACUGCUUUCGGUGGUCUGGUCAUGGCCCUCAAGGAUAUGAAGAUUUACGUUAUGAUGUUCACUUUCGUCGCCUACGUCGUGGGAUUGUCCUUCAACGCUUUCUUCCCUACUCUUACCGGAACCCUUGGCUUCGGCUACGUCCCCACUCUGCUCAUGAGUGCUCCCCCCUGGGUCUUCUCCUGUAUUGUCUCCGUCAUCAACGCCUGGCACGCCGAUAAGACCCAAGAAAAGAUCUGGCACAUCAUCGGCCCCAUCUGCAUGGGUACCGUUGGUUUCAUCAUCUGCAUGGCCACUAGCAACGUGGCUGCUCGCUACGUCGCUCUGUUCCUGCAGGCUGGUUCCUACGCAGGCUUCAUCGUCUUCUACUCAUGGAUCAGUUCAUCCUUCCCUCGUCCCCCAGCCAAGCGUGCCGUCGCCAUUGCCAUGAUCAACGCCUUCAGUCAGCUUGGUAACGUCGCGGGUUCCUACGUCUGGGAUCUCGAAGACAACGGCUACCGCUCCAGCUACGGUAUCGUCCUGGCUAUGUUCGGUGUUACCGUUGGUGGCUGCUGGUACUUCCGCACCAUGCUGGAGGGCUUGAACAAGAAGCUAGAAGAGGGCGAGAUGGCCGAUGUCGCUGGUGAAAACUCCAACGAGAACGAUAUCUUGGACAGCCCCGAUGAGUCUCUGCGCAUGCGCAAGGGCUUCAGAUACCUUGUUUAG